GACCGGAAGUGGCGUCAUGCAAUUAGUUGAAACCAACCUCAGCUGGUGGUCGAGUCGAAAGUUGACGGCGUGUGCUCCCACUUUAACUUUUAUUUCAUUAAAAAAAAAAAAAAAUCCCUUUGUGAUGCUGUUUAAAAUUUAACAAGUUACAAUUAUUUUACCCAAGAAAAUAUUGAGGCGUCAGGGUAACAAUUGACGUAAGAAAUAAUUUUUUAUCAGCGUUAUUUGUUUUUUGAAAAGUCGAGUGAAGAAGGCUGAAAUGAGAACUGUGGCCCAGAGGAUGCUAAGGACCUGCAACAAGUUAUUUGCAAGGAAGAUCCCGAACGGGAGCGCCGAAGCCCACCCGUCCAACAUCGAAACGGCUGCCCGGAUGGAGAACAUCCAGCACCUGCACGACGCGGAGGCGACGCGGGGGAGCGUGCGCCACGCGGAGGCGGCGAGCCAGCGCGGCCGCCGCGACGCCGGCUGGCUCCUGUCCACCAUUUUGUGCAUCAACGUCCUCAUCCUGGGGUCUGCGCUGGUCAGCAGCAGCGCCUUCAACCGCGUGGCCAUCACGGCCGUCGACCGCCAGGUCUUCCUCAUGGUCCUCCUCGCACUCACCGCGCUCUGGAUGCUCUUCUACGCCGGUGUCACCUACCCGAAGAACAAAGACCUCAUGACUCAGGACAGCCACGCCGGGCCCGUGUGGCUCCGAGGUGGACUUGUCCUGUUCGGGCUGCUCAGUCUGCUCAUGGACGUCUUCAAGGCGGCCAACUCCAUCGGCUACCUCCACUGCGACUCCGCCGUGAAAGUGGCCUUCCCCGUCGUCCAAGCGGUCUUCUUAUUCGCCCAGACUUACUUCCUGUGGGUCCACGCGAAGGACUGCGUGCAGGUCCAGGCGAAUGUCACGCGGUGUGGCCUCAUGCUCACCUUCUCCACUAACCUGCUAGUGUGGCUGGCGGCCGUCACCGAGGAGUCGAUCCACCAAACGGGGGCUCCCCAUCUGAACCUCAGCGUCCCGUCCAAGAUGUAUAGAGACAGUUACGACCAGGCGGUCGAGUGCAGCUGCAGUCACUCUUCGUGCGACGCCUUCAAGGAGGCCUUCUUCUACCUGUACCCCUUCAACAUCGAGUACAGCCUCUUCGCCUCGGUGGCGGCCUACGUCAUGUGGAAGAACGUGGGACGCCUGGCGGACGGGCGCGGCCGCCCCGCGGCCCGGUUCCGCCCCGGGGAGGCCCUCGCGGGCCCGGUGCUCGGCUUCCUCCUCGUCGCGGCGGGCUUGAUGACGUUCAUCGUCUACGAGGUGGACAUCGCCCUGGAGGACGAGACCGCGCGCCGCCACGCCCUGCUCAUCCAUUUCGUCACGAACAUCGUGAUCGUGAGCGUCAUGUGCAUCUCGACCGCGGCGGGCUGCGCGGUCUACCGGCUCGACCGCCGCGAGGACGUGUCCGAGAAGAACCCCAGCCGGAACCUGGACGUGCCGCUUUUGCUGGGGGCCUCCAUGGGCCAGCUCAUCAUCAGCUACUUCUCCAUCGUGGCGGCGGUGGCGGGCACGGGCGCCCGCGACCCCCUGGACGCCCUCAACCUGUCCUGGGCCGUCCUCGUGGUGCUUCAGCUGUCCCUGCAGAACUACUUCAUCAUUGAGGGCCUCCGACGCCAGCCCUUCCGCGCCGCGCGUGAAGACCCGAGCGGCGGCGUCGCCGACGAGCGCAAGUCCAGCCGCCUGCUGGCGGCGGCCACGCGGCCCGGCUGGAAGAGGAGAGCCGUGAAGGAAGUGUGCGCUUUUCUGAUGCUCGCCAACAUCAUCCUUUGGAUCAUGCCCGCAUUCGGCGCCAGGCCUCAAUUCGACCACACCGCGGAGAUCAAGUUCUACAAGUUCGGCAUGUGGACGGCCGUCGUCAACAUCGGACUCCCUUUCGGAAUCUUCUACCGCAUGCACUCGGUGGCCAGUCUCUUCGAGGUCUACGUCAUCGCGUAGCUCUCGUCCCCACGAGUCCGCGGCAACUUUUUUUUAAAAAAUGUUUAAAAAAAAAAAAAAAGUGUUUUUAGAAAUAAAAUUGAAACAUGAAAGA